AUGCUCAACACCUCUGCAAUGGCUACUGCCCGAACUAUCAGCAUCUGGCGGUCAUAUGUCAUUGCCCAGAAAUGGCAGGACCUGCAGGUGUUGCGAAAGAUCCAUUUCCCAUCUCAGAUGUUGGGUAUGAUAUUUUUUUUGCAAGUCAUUGACCUCCAACAACUCACUCUUUCUUCACCCUACAUGAAGUUCUCCGAUGAUCCCCUAGGGAAUGUGAAGCAAAGUUAUGUAUGUCGCAUAGCCCUCUCAAUAUUAGUGUACUUAUGCCUCUGGUUGGGUCAGUAUAUCCUGAGAAAGCUUGUUGUUGAGCGCUAUGUCUUGAAUGAUGUUACACAGCUCAUUGAUCUAUGCUGUGUUUGCAACAUAUCAGUUCUAAUUUUGUCUGAGGAGAAUUUUGGCUACUACAUCCAUGGUCGCAAUGUUCACGGUGAGGCUGAUUCCAGCAUGCACACAUUGCAUAUGCAAUUGGAAGGGGAGAAGCAGGAUCUAUGUGGUAGUAGAGGGCUCCUCCCUAACACAGACCUCCAGACAUUCAUGAUCGUCCUUCCAAAUCGCUUCAAACAAUACUACCAAAAGCUGAAAGAACCCCUGGUACAAAUUAUGACAACUGGCAUGAGGAUGCAUCAAAGUUUGCCCAACGUGAGUGAGACGAGCAAGAUUGAUGUGCGUCAUCACACCUAUCUCUGUAUCUCAAAGUUUCUUCAGACUUUCAUAGAGCACAACCUGAAGGAGUUGGAUUACACAAUGACUGACAGGGUUUUCUUGGAAACAGUUCUAGAUCUUGAGCUCCAAGAUGUCUCAGAGAAAGCCUUGUUCUACAAUGACCACAGGGAAACCUUUGUAAAUGCUACUUUCUAUGGCAAUGAGUUCACUCUGUCAACUUUUGAAGUCCUGCUAUUCAUUUUUAUUGACACCUUUGCAUUUGACUUUGCUCUCUCCAGUGUCUGCACCUUCCUCUUGUCAUUCAAACGACUUCUUUUCAAUGAUUUCAUGCAGUGUGCUUGGCCGAAGCUGGAAGGGAAGUUGGUUGUGUCACCCAAGGUGGCUCGAAUCAUGUUCGUGGCAGAUCCCCAUCUCCUUGGGUCAAGGAAGGGUCACUGGUUCGACAAGCUACGCAGGUCUCCUUUCCUUUUGGUUUUGUAUCUCUGCCUGCUUCUGGAGUGGCAGAUGCAUCGAACAUACCAGGCAGCCAUGAACCUUCUUGGCCCCCAAGUGGUCUUCUUUCUUGGUGAUGUUUUUGAUGAAGGGAUGUGGGCCUCAGACAGAGAAUUUGAAGCUACUGUGAAAAGGUUUCAUGAUUUAUUCCCAGAGGAGCAUGGCACCCGGAACAUUGUGGUGGUUGGCAACCAUGACAUUGGAUUUCAUUAUCACAUCAUUCCAUACUUGAGGCAUCGGUUUGAGGAUGCAUUCAAUACAUCCAGUGUCUCCUUGGUGGAAGUGAGGGGAUCCUACUUUGUGUUGAUCAACAGCAUGGCCAUGGAAGGAGAUCACUGUGACAUGUGCACAGAGGCCAUGGCUAAGGUCCAGAAGGUUGCAGCUGCCUUUUCCUGUGCCAAAGAAGGUCGUGAUGACUGUUGGUACGAAGACGUUGAGAUUCGCAACCCCAGUCCGCCCUUCCUCCUCCAGCAUUUUCCCCUCUAUCGAGAAUCAGAUGAGAACUGCACAGAGUCAGAUGCAGCUCCGGCUGCUGAUAAACGAGAGAAGUUUCGCCCCAAAUGGGAAUGUCUAUCUCUCCAAGCCACUAAUCAGUUGUUGCAUUUCCUGAAGCCACGGGCUGUGAUGACGGGGCACACACAUCACGGCUGCUAUCGGCUCCAUCGACCGUACAACAUCCCUGAAUGGACCCUGCCUUCCUUCAGCUGGCGUAAUAAGAACAAUCCCAGCUUCAUGCUUAUGACUGUGACGCCUGAGGCAUAUGCGGUUUCUAAGUGCCACAUGCCCCAAGAAUCAACUGUGAUCACUCUUUACUACCUGGGAGGGAUUCUAUAUGUACUUGGCUGCAUUUACUUCCAAAUGUCCAAGAAGAGGAGCCAUUCACGAUGCAUAAAAGUGGAAUGAUUUCUGUCUUAUCUUAAUCAUCUCCCCCUCCUUCCCAUGCUUCUUUGAAAAUAAUUCACGCUUUCUGUCCAUCUCCCCUAGGUAUUUUAGACCAUGGAGAUCCAUGCAUGAAUUGGCUGCUCUUUUGCUCAAGGACAGGUGACUAACACGGCUAUCUGUUGCAUGCUGUACUCUGCAUGGGUUUCUCAUCCUAACCCUGAAAUAUAUUAUUCAUCACCAUUGUGAUGAUGUACCUGACUCUGAGAACAUAUUCAAGGUUUUUAUAUAUGCAUUCCAGCAUUGUUUAAUAUUUAUUCUUUAUCCUAUUGCAUGUGCAAUGUGUGCAUUUCCUGCUAGAUCAGUU